UCGUGUCUAGAUGCAUACAUGAACAUCGUGCUGGAGCAGACUGAGGAGAAUGUUAAUGAGAUGGUCACAAAUCGAUGCGGGGACACAUUUAUUCGCAGGAAUAAUGGUAAGUCGUUCAAGGAUGUAUGGCUGGACAUGUUAUGUUCUGAUGUAUCCUCCUGUGCUAGUGUAGUACAUAUCCACUACGGAACUGCUAUAUUCGCAACGCUGUACUGCACGAGCAUCGCCAAAAUCUACGAGAGCAAUAUAUGA